AUGAAGGAGGGGUCGAGUCCUCGUAAAAGGGUGAUAUUCCUGAUCAGACUUCAUACAAAGAUUUCGAAACAACAUAAACUACACAUCGAAGCCGUGAACUUCUAUAAAGAUACAAUUAGUGCACAAAUUGAGUCUAUUCAACGUUAUGGAGAUGUUAAGAAAGAUAACGAAUCGGAUAAAAAUAGAAUAGUUCAUGCUGUAAUGAAUAUUCAUGGAACAAAAUUAAUGUGUUCAGAUGCAUGUGCAGAAAAAAAUUUAAUUAUAGGAAAUAAUUUUUCAUUGUCAUUGGAUUUUAAAAAUGUUGAAGAUAUGCAACGUACAUUUGAUGGAUUAUCUACAAAUGGAGGAAAAAUAACUAUGCCAAUACAAGAUACAUUUUGGAAUGCAACGUUUGGUAUGUGCACAGAUAAGUAUGGAGUGAACUGGAUGUUUAAUCAUAAUAAGCCAAAAUCAUAA